AGGGGGCGGGGCUGCGUCUGGCGGCCGCUGGGCUGGAGCCUGCAGGGACCGGGCUCAGGACCCGCACGUGAGAUCCACCCCGGCCCCGCCCCGUCCCCAGGCCCCGCCCCCUGCACCCUCACCCCCACCCCCAGCCCCCUCCCAGGGAGCCCACGACUCCGGGCUCCCCGCCCCCUUCACCGCAGCCUGUUGCCUCCCCACCUCGCCCUGCCCCUUCCCUCCGAGCCCACCCGCACGCAGCUGCUCGUGCCCCCGGCUCCUGGCCCCCUAGCCUGCCCCCUUUACCCUCUCGGUCCCCGCACUCCCCCUGCUCCUUGCCCCUCCUAUAGCCCCCGUCCCCUGUGCUCCCAUGUAGCUGCCUCUGCCAACCCCCGGCUGCCCCCCUCCCCCUUUUUUCCCUCGACCUGUGCCCCCUUCUAGCUGCCUCGCCCCCCCAUACCUCCACCCCCAUGCUCCCUAUCGCUUCUUCUGCCCCCCCAAGCGCCCCCUGUUGCUCCCUGUCCCCCUUAUGCUCCUUGCACCCUUUAUAGCUGCCUCUACCCCACCGUGCCCCCCUGCAGUUGCCCCACCUCCCUGCAUUCCCUAGAGCUACUUCUGACCCCUCCCACCCACCUUGCCCACCUAUAGCUACCCCCACUCCCCCAUGCCCUCCUUCUAACCCCCCCAGGAUGCCAGGGCGCAGGUGCUGCCCCCCAGGGGCCUUGCUGGGGGCACUGGGGAUUCUGGCCCUCCUCCAGCUCCUCUACCUAGCCCUGCUGGGGGGGCUUCCCGGCCCCCCGCCGCCCCCCUCCCCCCACCGCCACCGCCCCCCACCACAGCACCACCUCAAGGAGGCGCUGGCGGGGGGGGGGCAGCUGGAUGCCUCAGGACAGUACCGGGUCUACCGGGACCUGCUGGGCCCUGGGGAGGGGGGCAACGAGGCAGCACUCCCAGCGGUGUUGCUGGCCACCCACGCCAGUCUGGGGCAGCUGGGGCACCUGCGGGGGCUGGCAGCCCGCUGGGGGGGCCCCAUGUCCCUGGCUGUCUUCGCCCCCACGCCCAGUGCCGUUCGCCAGGCCGGGCUGCUGCUGUAUGCGCUGGGCACCCGCUGCCCCCACCUGCAGCUCCACGCCCACCUUGUCUGCCCCGCCGGCCACCUGGCCGCCCUGCCAGAUCUGCCUGACCCGGGGGAGUUCGCCCGGCUGCGCAGCUGCGCCGAGGUCCACGCCAAGCUGGCAGCAGCCGGGAGAGGCGAGACCAACUAUGCGCUGCCCAACGCCUCCUACCCCAACAACCUCCUCCGCAACGUGGCGCGGGGGGCAGCAGCUGGUGGCUAUGCCCUAGUGCUGGACAUCGACAUGGUGCCCAGCCGCGGGCUGCGCCCAGCCUUCCUGGCUCUGCUGGGUGCCCCCGGGGGCAUCCCAGGCCCCACCGGGGUUUUCGUGCUCCCAGCCUUCGAGAUCCAGGAGGGUCUGCGGCCACCUGGCACCAAGCAGGAGCUGCUGGCCAUGUACCAGGCUGGGGAGGCGCGGGGUUUCUAUGCGGAGCUGUGCCCACGCUGCCAGGCGCCCACCGACUACCCGCGUUGGCUGGGGCUGCCGCCAGCGGGCACCCUGAGUGUCACUUACACAGUCGCCUGGAGGGACCCCUGGGAGCCCUUCUACCUGGGGCCAGCUGCUGCACCCACCUUCGACGAGAGGUUUCGGCAGUACGGAUUCAACCGCAUCAGCCAGGCCUGCGAGCUGCACGUGGCCGGCUACGAGUUCUGGGUGCUGAACGAGGCCUUCGUGGUGCACAAGGGCUUCAAGCUGCCCAGCGACUUCCACCCCCAGAAGGACGCAGAGAACCGCCGCAACCGGGAGCUCUUCCGCCAAUUCAAGCAGGACCUGAAGGCCAAGUACCCCGGCUCCCCCCGUCGCUGUUGAUGAAUGGUGUGGCCCAACCCAGGAUCCCCCCACCACUUCUGACAGAUGGUAUGACCCAGCCUGGGCUGCCCCUGGCACUCCUGAUGGAUGGUAUAGCCCAGGCCUGGCUCUCUCCACUGCUCCUGAGGGAUGGUGUGGCUACCCCCUGCCAGGGCUCAUGGGUUUGACCCAGCCUGGACACCCCCCCACUCCCCAUGGAUGUUGACAGAUGGUAUAAUCCAACUGGGUUUCCCUCCCUGCUGGGACGGAUGGAACAACCCAGCCUGGCUCCCCCCUGCUGGAACUGAUGGGUGGACUGACCCAAAUGUAGUUUCCCCCCCUCCUGCUGAUGGAUGGUAUGACCCAGCUGUUCUCUCCCCCUCCCCCAUGGCAGUGCUGAAGGAUAAGGAUGCCUGGGUUUUGUCUGUGCCUCAGUUUCCCCUGCCCUGGAACAAUAAAGGGGGCCGGGCCA